ACGGUUCCGGGCCCUGUUGGACUCAGGCAGUGCGGUCACCCUCAUCCAGGCGCGGCUGUGCGCCCCGCGAAGCGGCCGGAAAAACUUCCUACCGAUUACCUGUGUGCACGGAGACACUCGUCAAGUACCGGCCCGUGAAAUGGUCAUUUCGUCCCCCCAAGGCACCUGGCCAGUGGAGGUAGGCCUGGUGAAGGACCUGCCGGUGGCCGUACUGCUUGGAAGGGAUUGGCCCGGCUUCGAGAAGCUGCUGUCCGCCGCUACCCAGCCUGCCAGCCCCAAGGGGAACCGUCGAAGACCGAGGCGGCCGCCUGGACCCCGCCGCCGACCGGCCCUGCUCGUCUCCGACAGUGGGAGAGAAGGUGAGGCCCCCUCCCAAUCUACUAAUCUGUUUUAUGAUGUCUACCAACAGGCCGCUGGAGGGGGCUCUUUCGCCAAGGAACAGCGGGAGGACGACCGACUCAAGCACUGUUGGAGCCAGGUGCGAGUCGUGGAUGGAGAGGACGUCCUCCCCCGGCCCCACCCUCUCCCACAUUUUGUCGUAGAGAAUGGCCUGCUGUAUUGUGUCGCCCAGCGUAGGGGGGAGGAGAAAAAGUUACUAGUUGUGCCUCGUGCCAAGACCGAGACCAUUCUGGAGCUGGCCCAUUCCCACCCCAUGGCAGGACACCUCGCGGCAGCCAAUACUGCCCAACGCAUCCGCGACCAUUUCCAUUGGCCGGGCCUGGACGCCGAGGUAAAGCGGUUCUGCCAGGCCUGCCCGACCUGUCAGGCCACGUCGCCCCGGACUCCUCCCCCCAGCCCGCUCAUCCCGCUGCCUAUCAUCGAGGUGCCCUUCGAGCGGAUUGGAAUGGACAUAGUGGGGCCGUUGCCGAAGUCUGCCCGAGGGCAUGAGCACAUCCUGGUCAUCGUCGACUAUGCCACCCGGUACCCAGAAGCAGUCCCCCUGCGGAAGGCCACCGCAAAGUCCAUCGCCCAGGAGCUGUUUCUGCUGGCCAGCCGAGUCGGCCUCCCCUCAGAGAUCCUGACUGACCAGGGAACCCCCUUUAUGUCCCGGCUAAUGGCUGACCUCUGCCGGCUGCUGCGGGUGAAGCAGUUGAGGACCACUGUUUAUCACCCCCAGACUGAUGGCCUCGUAGAGAGAUUUAACCAGACCCUCAAGCAAAUGCUCAGACGUGUGGCGGCGGAGGACAAGCGGGAUUGGGACCUCAUGAUCCCCUACGUGCUCUUCGGGAUCCGCGAAGUUCCCCAGGCCUCAACUGGCUUCACCCCCUUCGAGCUCCUGUUUGGCCGUCAACCCCGGGGCCUCUUGGACGUGGCCCGGGAAGCGUGGGAGCAGCAGCCGGCCCCGCAUCGUACCGUCAUCGAACAUGUCCGGCAAAUGAGGGAACGGAUCGACCGAGUGAUGCCGUUAGUCCGGGAACACCUCACCAGGGCCCAACAAGCGCAGCAACGUCAUUAUGACCGGACAGCCCAGCCACGGGAGUUCCAACCGGGAGACCGCGUCAUGGUCCUGGUCCCCAGCUCCGCCUGCAAAUUUCUGGCCUCCUGGAAGGGGCCCUACUCGGUCGUCGAGAGGGUUGGACCGGUCACUUACCGCCUGAGACAGCCGGGACGACGGCAGGCGGAGCAACUCUACCACGUCAACCUCCUAAAGAAAUGGGUGGGGACCCGGGACCAAGUAGCUGCCCUAAGCCUCACCGAGCCCGUGGUUGUGGAUAUCAACCCCCACCUUUCGGCUGCCCAGAAGACGGAGCUGCAGCACCUGGUCAGUCAGUUCCAGGAUGUGUUCUCCUCUCAGCCCGGGCAGACCAACGUGCUUCAACACCAUAUCCGGACGCCCCCAGGAGUCGUCGUUAGGCAACGGCCCUACCGAGUCCCGGAGGCUCGUCGGCAGGCUAUUGAGGAAGAGGUCCAACAGAUGCUAAAGUUGGGGGUAAUAGAACCAUCCCGGAGUCCGUGGUCCAGCCCCAUUGUGAUGGUCCCAAAGCCGGAUGGCACCCUCCGCUUUUGUAACGACUUCCGCCGCCUGAACGAAGUCUCCGAAUUCGACGGGUACCCCAUGCCUCGGGUGGACGAACUGCUGGACCGGCUAGGAAGGGCCCGGUAUAUCAGCACCCUAGACCUAACCAAGGGCUAUUGGCAGGUACCGCUCUCCGAGGCCGCCAAGCCGAAAACCGCCUUCUCCACCCCCAGUGGCCACUGGCAGUACCGGACCCUUCCCUUCGGCCUACAUGGGGCCCCCGCGACGUUCCAGCGGAUGAUGGACAUCCUCCUGCGGCCUCACCAAGCUUACGCGGCCGCCUACCUGGAUGACGUCGUGGUCCACUCCGAGGCGUGGGACGAACAUCUGAAUCGUCUGCGGAGGGUGCUCUCGGAGCUCCGGCGGGCUGGACUUACCGCCAACCCCCGAAAAUGCCACCUAGCCCUCUCUGAGGCCAAGUACCUGGGCUAUCAAGUCGGCCGAGGACUCAUCCGGCCGCAAGACAAGAAAGUUGAGGCCAUCCACGCCGCACCAAGACCGGAGACAAAGACCCAGCCGCCCCCCUGACAGACCUGACCAGGAAGGGGCAGCCGGAGAAAGUAUGCUGGACCCCGUCGGCGGAAGAAGCCUUCUCCCAGGUGAAAGCAGCACUCACGUCCUCGCCGGUACUCCGCGCCCCGGACUUUAGCUGCCCCUUCCUGCUGCAGACGGAUGCUUCCGACACAGGACUAGGAGCGGUCCUCUCCCAAAUUCAGGAAGGUGAGGAGCAUCCGAUCAUCUACAUCAGCAGGAAGCUGUCCCCCGCCGAGAGGAAAUACGCCGCUGUGGAGAAGGAAGCCCUGGCCAUCAGGUGGGCAGUCCUGGAGCUCCGGUACUACCUCCUGGGCCGCAAGUUCACCCUGGUAACCGACCACGCGCCCCUACAGUGGAUGGCCCGCGCCAAGGACACCAACGCCAGGGUGACUCGCUGGUUCCUAGCGCUCCAGGACUUCCACUUCGAAGUCCGCCAUCGAGCUGGGGCCGCCAACGCGAACGCCGAUGGCCUCUCCCGGAUCUGGACAGCUUAUGCAGGUCUGUCAGGGGUCAUUCCCCACCCUCCCCUAAUCUCACCCCUACUUUCUACAUGUCUUCGCAGGACCAGAACGACGCUUAGGGGGGGGGGGAUGUGACGAGCACUCCCAGAGGAAUCAGCGUCGCCCUGGAAACCAAACCAAAACACCUGCACGUCCUCGUCACCGGCUGAUCGGUCACAGCUGCUCCCCAUCAGCCAGC